GUUCACUUCGACUUUGCGCGUCGCGAAGGCUGCCGCAGGGACGGGACACAGAGAAAGAAUGUAUAGCCUCGAUGGGGUAGCGUUGUCGGGAUCACUUCUGGCAUCGUUGCUGAACGAAGCAGCUUCACCAUAUGCCGGUUCCGAACCAAGAAAGGGCACACGCUACACAGAUGGCCUCCUGUUCGGAAGCGUAAACCGUCGGCAGGGUACUGAAACCGAAGACGACCACGAGCGGCGCGCGACAACUCAUCGGGAGGCCGCGCUGUCAGGUUACGUACGUUCACCCGCACGGUGUGGCUUUUACGACGAGUUCGGGGCGAUCGACGAGGGGCGACUGGCUGGGCUCAUUCCUCAAGGGCAGCGAUUGGCGGGCUACUUUGUCGUACGCAAGGGGGGUUCUACCCGCCCGUCACUCCGAGAAAUCGAGGUGUUCCGCGGCAUGGUAGCGUCAUCGUCCGCUUCGGGACAGCUCCCUGUGCUGUUUGUGGCGUGUCUUAGAUUGAGGGACGGUGCGCCCACCCAGAGCUUUCAGUACCAGUGCCUCACGGCGCAGGGUGGGAUUGGAGGGCCACAGGGUGCCGGCCGUCUGGAGGUAUUGCCAUGUCGAAUCAACAACCUCACCAUGGACUCUUCCGCGGAGUACGGGCAUGUGCGACCAUCCCCCGUGGUGCCGCUAGGGGUGGAGGGUGCGCAGCAGUCCGCGUUGGAGGAGGCAUUUGGUCCGAUACCGCCUCCGUACGUCAGCGAGGCCGAGGCGUUACUGGACACGGGGAUAAAGACCAUGGAGGAUCUAGUGUCUGAGCUUAAACACGUCGAGAACACAGUGGUGCGACUUCAAUUGGAGAACCGGUGUAUGGAGCGUGUUUUGAUGAACCGUGGCGGGUCGUGAAGGACAUCUGUGACUCAAAACUUUUCGACCUUCUCUAUGAACGUGAUGGAGAUUUGAUCUACAUGAGCGGCGCUCACGGUUCUGACUUUGUGUUGGUUUUAUCACUAACGAGCCGUUUGAAUGGCCGUAUGCUUUUAGAGUGGUGGCCUAGCUUCACAGAGGUCGCGGCGGAGAAUGGAGCUUGCUUGAAGCAGUGUUUUUGGUCCCGUCCAGGACUACUUCGGGAUCGUCCGACGCAGCUGGCUCCGGCGGCCAGACUUUUGUUCUGUGAAUUAUCGAUCGCACGUUUCAGUCGCAUGUUUUUCAAACCUGUGCACCGUAGCAUCCCUGCUUGGCGCCGGUGAGAUCAGCCAAGAUGUUUUUAGAAAUCAUCUCUGGAUCUAUUGGUAUUCUCGAGCCUUCGAGCGGUCGGGAUCCCAGGUCAAUACCCAGGUGAUGUACGAUGAAAUGGUCUAAUCGCGAGAAGAUAAUCUGAACAGCCGUGAACGAAGAGGAUUGGCGCAAACGUACCCAUUAGGUAGUAGUUGUUGUUGUUGUU